AGCGACUCUGUUUUUGUGGGUUUCUUGCUUUUUAUUCAUUCAUAAAAUAAUAAAAAGUUUUAAUCUUUUUUACUCACUCACCAUGGAUACAGUGGAAGCAACAAAGAUGGUGAUGUCAAGAAUCCAAAAAAUAGAUCCAGAUAACGCUUCUAAAAUAAUGGGUUACAUAUUAAUCCAAGAUCAAGGUGAUAACGAGAUGAUUCGUCUGGCUUUUGGCCCUGAAUCCCAUCUUCUUUCUGUCAUCAAACAAGCCAAAUCUUUCUUAGACAUUUCCUCAAACACUUCGUCUGCACACCGUGUUGUUAUCCCUACCAACAACAAUGGCGGUGCUUUCCACAACCCUCCGUCGCCAAACUCACCGUGGUCUCCAUUUUCCGACCAACCCCACCACCGUGGUAGUCCUCGUCCGGCGUCUUACGCCGCCGUGGUCAACGGCGGCGACGGCGGGUCAUCUGGGUCUUCUUUUUACAACAGUUUUAACGAUGAGUUUUCCGAUGAGUUUCUUGAAAGUGGUGACGUUCAUCCCCACAACCACCAUUUGCACCGAAGAAGCUGCUCCGUUAACGACAUGUUUCUUUCUGGCGGUGGCUCCGGUGAUGACGUCACCGGUGGUGGGUGGAGACCUUGCAUGUAUUAUGCAAGAGGUUUUUGUAAAAAUGGGAAUUCAUGUAAGUUUGUUCAUAAUAAUAAUAAUGGUGGGGUUUUUGGUGAUGAAAUAUUAGGGUUUGUUGGUGGCGGUUUAUCAUCUUCUCCGACCGGAGUUGGGGGUCUUUCCGGUUCACCAAAUGAUGGGUUUGAAGAGUUGAUAAGAUUAAAAGCAAUUCAACAACAACAACAAAGAAUUGCAGCUUUCAAUGCCAGUAAUAGUGGACCAACUUCCCAUUUUCCUUUCAAUAGAUGCAUGAACAAUUUUCUUAAUGAGAAUCCUAGAUCUGCAGCAGCUGCAUUGAUGAUCGGUGAUGAGUUUCAUAAGUUUAACCGGUGUCGACCUGAUCGAAAUGAGUUUGGACCAAUGUUUGGGGGAUCGAAUUCGAGUUCAAGGCAGAUUUACUUGACAUUUCCAGCUGAUAGUACUUUUAAAGAAGAGGAUGUAUCUAAUUACUUUAGCAUGUUUGGACCGGUACAAGAUGUGAGGAUUCCGUAUCAGCAGAAACGGAUGUUUGGAUUCGUCACAUUUAUGCUCCCUGAGACCGUAAAAGCGAUUUUGGCUAAAGGAAACCCGCAUUUUGUAUGCGAUUCUCGCGUGCUUGUUAAGCCAUAUAAGGAGAAGGGAAAAAUACCCGACAAGAAGCAUCAUCAACAGAUGGACCAAGGUGAUUUCUCUGGUUGUUUGAGUCCGACUGCACUGGAAUCUGCUGAGCCGUUCGAUCAUAUACCCUUUGGUGCUAGAAUGUUCAACCAUGAAAUGAUGUUAAGAAGAAAGCUAGAGGAGCGGGAAUUGCAACACGCGAUUGAGCUUCAAGACAGAAGGUUGAUGAAUCUGCAAAUAAAUGACCUGAAAAAUCAUCAACUGCAACGGAGUUUUUCUUUAGGCGUUGCAUCUUCUUUGCCAACUCAGAUGAACCGCAACCAAAUGUUUUUAUCUGAGAGUAACAAUGAAGAAUCUGUUUCUGGAGUAAAAGUUAGCACUGAAGAGAGCUUGAAUUCUGGAAGUGAUGAAUCUGAUUCCAAUGUGCCACCAGAAGUGAAAGGAGAGAAUUCUGAUCCGAAUGAAACCGAUAAGCAUGAAAGCCUGGAACAUGCACUUCCUGAUAACUUGUUUGCUUCACCUACAAAAUCGGCCGACUCUGAUCAGGAGGCUAUUUUCUCAACUGAUAUGCCUGAUGAACCUGAUUAUGGUGCUGCAGUUUCAAUGAAUGUUACUUCCAAAUGCCAAGCCAUUGAAAUGUAGGUGAUUUUUAGGCUUUGCAACCGGCAUGAAUCAUUUUAGCUUUCUUGGAAUAGGAGCAGGAUAUACUUGAGGGGAAAAACACCAUCAACAACAAAAACAAAAAAAAGAUCUAUUAGGAAGAGGACUUGCAAGGCUAUUGUCAUCUUCAAAAUACUACAUUAAUCCCUUCUCAUACUACUUACAACUAUACAUAGUAUGCAAUACAUAAGAAAAAACAAGGAUAGAUGAACUGAUUUUAUGGAAGUAGGGGCAUCUUUUGUUUGUUUACAUUUUUACCCUCCCCUUUUAACUGUGUGCUGGGCCUCCACCAAACACUCAUUGAACAAUGCAUAUAACAAAUGAAAAGAAAAAGGGUAGUGGUUAGCAACUCA